CGGCUGCAGAGGUCCUGGACCACCCAGAGCGUGCAGCAGGGCUCCGAGGACUCCAAGGACGCGGUACAUGCGCGACUGUGGAGCCGUGUGGAUGUGGCGGAUUUGGAGGAGCGGCAGGACAACAGCAGCAGGCGCUGCAGUGCUCCCAGCGCGAACGUGUCGCUCGCAGAGGCACCGGCAGGGGUGCCGCGGCCCCAGCAGCCCCGGGGCUGGAGGUCGCGAGAGCCGUCGUGCGGUGCCGCCGACUUCUGGCAGCCUCGGCGCGGCGCCUGUGUUGCAUACAGCCAGUUGGGCUGGGAGAUCCCGGUAGGCAGUGAUAAUGCUGGAGCCUACAGCGACACACGUCCUCCGCCCUACCUUCUGGUCGCGGCCUAA